AUGACUUCUUCUUUCUUAAAUCAUCCUGUAAUUCCAAUGACAACAUAUGCAGAUUCAGGUGUCCCAGAGAUACUAAAUACUUUUUCUCCACUCAUGUCAUCCAUGCCUUGUGACAUGCAUAUAGUCAAUCUGAGGACAAUCCAAUCAAAGGUAGAUAUUGAGCCAUCUGACGAAGCUGCUCUGAUUCUUCAUAGAAAGGGGUUUGACUGUAGAUUUUCUAACAGAGACAUGGGUCUGCUCUGUGCCACUACUCAGGGAAAGAUAAAGGUGCAUAAACUCUUUAACAAAUUCAGAGUGGAAAGUCUUACACCCACAUCUUUGUCUUUGAUGCAUUCACCUCCAGAUGCCAGAAAUAUGAGUGAAAUAAAUAUGAGUCCUAUGGAGAUAAAUACAUUCCGGAUUCGGCUAAGAUGA